UAGGACAAACGCAGCCGGCGCACCGCAUCACUGUCUGCCAAACAGAGGUUUGACUGCUGUCAGAAGACCCGCAGACUGAUCCCGGACCCGCUGGGAGCGAGUGGCCGCCGACAGGCACAGGGAGGCGGGGUAGCGCCGGCGCGUCGCACGGGGAGCCUCCACGCUUCGGUCUCCGCUCCCGGUUUGCAGAGAGUCACAAUGGCAGACAGCUUCGACUGCGUCAACUGCAAGGAGUCCCUGUACGGCCGCAAGUACAUCCAGUCGGAGGCCAGUCCGUACUGCAUCCCCUGCUACGACAGCCUGUUCUCCAACACGUGCGAUGAGUGCAAAGAGCUGAUCGGCCACGACGCCAGGGAGCUCUUCUACGAGGACCGGCACUACCACGAGCACUGCUUCCGCUGCUUCCGCUGCGACCGCUCGUUGGCCGACGAGCCGUUCACCAGCCAGGACGACGCGCUGCUCUGCAACGACUGCUACUGCAACGAGUUCUCCUCCAAGUGCGUGGCCUGCGACAAGGUCGUCAUGCCCGGAACGAGGAAGCUGGAGUACGGCGGCUCCACGUGGCACGAGGGCUGCUUCAUCUGUCACAGCUGCCAACAGCCAAUCGGGUCAAAGUCUUUCAUCCCCGACAAGGACGAGCACUACUGCGUGUCCUGCUACGAGGACAAGUUCGCCUCGCGCUGCACGCGCUGUAAAAAGACGCUGGCCAAAGGCGGCGUGACCUAUCGGGACGAGCCGUGGCACAAGGAGUGUUUCGUUUGCGCCAGCUGCAAGACACAGCUGGCGGGCCAGCACUUCACCUCGCGGGACGAGAGCCCUUACUGCCUCAAGUGCUUCGGCAACCUGUACGCCAAGAAGUGCGAGGCCUGCAGCAAGCCGAUCACAGGUUUCGGAGGAGGGAAGUACGUCUCGUUUGAGGAACGCCAGUGGCACCAGCCGUGCUUCACCUGCUCCCAGUGCUCCGCCUCGCUGGUGGGCGCCGGCUUUUUCCCCGACGGAGAGCGGAUCCUGUGCCGCGACUGCAACAGCGGCGUGUAGAGCCCGGCGGGCUCCCUUGACUUACCUUGCACCCCUUUUUCGUCACACGGCAUUUCAAGAAACACACCCCGCCCCCCACCCCCCGCCAAGUCCGUACCGAGGAAGGUAACGCAGGCUGACGAAUGCUGCAUCUCAGGUUGUUUGUAUAUGCAGAGAUCAGUUCCUUGGGGGCGCCGGAACUUCCAUCCAUCCACGAGUUACGAAUCAACCCCAAAGAUUUUUCUUUUGUAAUUGAAUUUCCGCAUGAAAAGUUUACGGGGCGCCUCGGGAACAACAAUGCUUAAACGUUGUGUACCUUCAAGCCAAAGAAACGCAAAUGCGUCGUAUUUUUGCAUGAAAUAGUUGCCACGUGAGGUGAUCUGAGGACACAGAGCACUGCUGAAGGGCAGGACGCAAACCUCAGUGGGUAUUUGAAAGUACGCUGGAGGUACUGUUUGUUUUACUGUUCUUUUUAAGAACAGUUUUAAGCAUUUCGCUUAAGAGUACAAACACGGAAGCGCUUCGCUAAUUAUGCUCUCAGUGAAGCAGUCAGUUUACGGGAGUCGUGAUCAUUAAUGUCCUUUGCACUUUUUGAAGAUAUUCUCUCGCUACCAUGUUAUGUGCACAUAAGAACACAACCAAAAACAUGGCACACAGACCACUGUUUUGUUACCUGUAACUGCUUCUUCCCUUUUUCUGUCGUUUCUACCUGUUGAAUCUUUUUGUAUCACCGGCGCUCGACGAACCAGCAACCAACCCCAAAGUAGCUGAAACGAAAAGCCGUUGUGUAAUGCAGGAGGACGCAUGCCAUGAUCACUAUUUUGUUACUCUAAACAGUGUAAGUGUUUGGUUUUUCAUUGUUAGUUUGUAAUAUCUAUGUGAAAAGCUAUUAAAAAAAUAUGUGUACUUCAUUA